AUGACGAAAAAGGCUGUUCACUUCGGCGGUGGUAACAUCGGCCGCGGCUUUGUCGCCGAGUUCCUCCAUACUGCAGGCUAUGAGGUCGUCUUCGUAGAUGUCAUGGAGAGCAUCAUCACCUCCCUCCAGAAUACCAAGUCCUAUCAGGUCACCGAAGUCAGCGGAGAAGGUGAAAGCACCAAGACGAUCACCAAUUAUCGCGCUAUCAACUCCAAGACCCACGAACAAGAUGUUGUGCAGGAGAUCUCCACUGCCGAUGUCGUCACCUGUGCCGUCGGUCCAAACAUCCUCAAAUUUAUUGCUCCAGUCAUCGCCAAGGGCAUCAACGCCCGCACCGCUUCUGUUCCACUGGCUGUCAUUGCUUGUGAGAACAUGAUUGGCGGAACUGACGCCCUGCACGGAUUCAUCAAGGACAACACUGACAACUCACGACUGGAGACCCUCGGCGAGCGUGCGUCCUUUGCCAACUCUGCCAUUGACCGCAUUGUCCCAGCUCAAGCCCCGGAUGCCGGUCUGAAUGUCCGCAUCGAGAAGUUCUACGAGUGGGUGGUUGAGAAGCUCCCCUUCGGCAAGUUUGGUCACCCCGAUAUUCCCGCAAUCCACUGGGUCGAGCAUCUCGAGCCCUACAUCGAGCGCAAACUGUUCACCGUCAAUACGAGCCAUGCUACCGCUGCUUACUACGGCAAGUUUGCCGGUAAGAAGACUAUUGCCGAAGCAAUGAAGGACGAGUACAUUCGCAACACUGUCCGAGAUGUGCUUCAAGAAACUUCCUCGCUCAUCGUGGAUAAGCACGAGAUCGCUGCCCAGGAACAACAGGAUUACGUCGAGACCAUCAUCAGCCGAAUCUCGAACCCUUACCUGGAAGAUAGCGUGGAGCGUGUUGGCCGUGCCCCGAUCCGCAAACUGGGCCGCAAGGAACGGUUCAUUGGUCCUGCCGCGCAACUUGCUGAGCGAAACGCCAAGUACGACUCAUUAUUGGGCUCUGUGGAGAUGACCAUGCGAUUCCAGAAUGUGGAAGGAGACGAGGAAAGCGUGGAGCUAGCCAAGAUUCUGAAGGAGAACUCACCGGGUGAUGCCACUGUUCAACUGACCAGCCUGGAGCGAGACCACCCGCUGUUCUCUGCCGUGGUGAAGGUGGUAGAACGUGUGCAAUCUGACUCCAAGGAGGCGGGCCAACCGCGCAUCUAG